CCUAUCACUUGACAAUCCCCUUUGAUUACAACCAAUAAUCAAGAUUAUGCUCCACCCUCUUUCCUCUCUCUUUCCCCACCACUUUCCACACACUAAUUAACUCCCCCACCCCAAACAAAAAAACAAAUCCCCCCCCUCCAAUAUGAAUGAUCAACUGCAACUAGCCCUAGCAAGCACAAGCUACCAUGAAGAAGACGACGAUCGCGAAGAAGAUAUUCGUGACAUCCACGCUCUGACCCCGCCCCCAGUACCCCAGCCGCCGGAGAACACCCGCGCCGCCCGCCUCCGCUCCUCCUCGUCCCUCUCCGUCGCCAGCACGGAAGGCGCGCCGUCGGAGAAUUUCAGCAGCAUGAGCCGUGAGUUUAACGCGCUGGUCCUCGCCGGAUCCUCUUUCAAUCCCAACAACGUUAAUGGCCCCGAACAUGACGGCCCCAAUAAUCUAGGACGGAUUGGGGAGGAAGAACCCCCCGAACAAGAAACCAACCCGCUAGCGAUUGUGCCGGAUAACGAAGCCAUGGCGUCGUCGCCUCGACGCGCCGGAGCCGCCGGUGGGGCUUCCAGUGUGAGCGGCGGCGAAGUGACGGUGCAGAGGGUGAAGAAAGAGGAGGUUGAGACGAAGAUUAGCGCGUGGCAAACUGCGAAAAUUGCGAAGAUCAAUAACAGGUUUAAGCGGGAAGAUGCGAUCAUUAAUGGGUGGGAGAGUGAAGAAGUUCAGAAAGCUAGUUCUUGGAUGAAGAAAGUUGAGAGGAAGUUGGAGGAGAAGAGAGCGAAAGCAUUAGAAAAGAUGCAAAACGACAUAGCAAAAGCCCGAAGAAAAGCAGAAGAAAGAAGGGCAUCGGCUGAGGCAACGAGGGGAACAAAAGUGGCAAGAGUUCUUGAGAUAGCCAACCUCAUGAGAGCUGUGGGCAGAGCUCCUGUCAAGCGUUCCUUCUUCUAGGCCGGGGUGACCCUUUUCUCAUUUUUACCACUCACUGGGUACCCUAUUUUGCCUUAGCUAGCUAGCUUGAUGAAAAAGAUGAGAAUUGAAGAAGAUUAUUAGGAAUAUAAUGGAGUACGAACGUGCAUGAAAUGAAAGUGUGUGCAGUGCUAGCUAGCUAGCUAGCUUGUUGAUCGAUCUGUGAGUGUUGAGUCUUGGUUUGGUUUGGUUUGUACAGAUUUUUGGAUACCAUCCACAUGUAAUUUCUAAACACUUUGUUUGGUUGGUCCAUUAUAUGACUCAUCUCAUCAUCACCAUUAUAUUCUUUUCGGUUUGAAUUGGAUGGCAUUUUGUAUUUUCUGAUUUUAGUUAUACAUUAUAUUUGUAGGAUUAUAUUGUACUUGGCAACGAACAUAGAUUUUUAUUUUAUAAUGUCUUUGGAAA